CCCGCUCUGUCCAAACCGUCGUGCCUGUUGUGGUGGCCUUUCCGCUCGUCUGUCCUUCUCCUUCACGUCCCUCUUGACCUUAGUCUCCGUUUCUGCAUGUCGUCUGCUCUCGCUCAUUACGAGUCUUUUCUGGUCAACAAUGUCUCUGUCAUCUCAACUCUAGAGUCCUCUCUCCGCUCUAUUACUUGGAUCCUACCCGGAAGGUUCAAGGAUGCUGAGUUGGCCUCAGAAGCGCUUUCCGCGCUGUUGAACGUGACCAGUCUCUACCAUGAUACCCUUCUUUCAAAAGUGGUCAAGUCUGACCCUAAGCUGCGACAGUUUGUUUCGCCCUCACUACAUGCGCGGUACACUCGAGCAUGGUGUGAGAGGGAUAGGGGAUACAAAUGGGCUGCGCGGGCACUCGAACUCAUCAAGUUUGUGCAAUUGUUGAUUGAGAUGGGUCUCCGGAGAAGGGUGUCCUCCCAAGCGCGGUGGAGAGGCAUAGUGCUCAUCGAAAUUAUCAAAGCAGCCCUCCGCUUCACGCUAUUGCGCACCACACGCCGGCCAUUGCUCUCACCUUCCGUCCCAGAACGGGAUUUCGACCCGUCUGUGCUACCAGACAAUCUCUCAGAAGCAUCUUCCCCUACUCUUGCGCCCUCGUCCCCACCUCAAUCCGUAUCCUCAACUCCCGACCACCUCAGGAACAAUCGCGUCCCUCUUCCACCACAUCCUUUGAUCGUCCAGCCUCCGCCCCCGACCUCGCAGGACCCAGUCGAUGGGUAUCUCCUGUCUAAAGCACUCUUACCGACCUCUGUCAAAGCGCCGACAGCGCUCCUCAAACGACUUGCUGGACCCAAGGACUGGCUUGCGGAGACAGUGUAUAUCUUGCGGCCACUCAUCUAUGCUAUCAUGUUGGCUAACGACUCCGGUCGCAAUGCUAAACGGCCAUUGAUUACUGCCCUUGCCCUCGAGUUCAUCGCGAGGCAGCUUCGGCGCACGCCUGGUUCUACAGCCACACUGGAGCGCUCCGAGUACUCGAGGAGAGACGCUGAUAUAGUGUGGUACCUAUUGCGCGGCUCAAUCUGGGAAACCUGGACCCGGCCUAAGUUGGACGCAUUCGCCGAAAGGACGGCCAAUAUGCCUGUUCUCAGUGUUAUGAGCGCGUUUGUAAAGGACUGGAUUCCGCUGAUCAAUGAGUACCACUAUUACACUGCCCCUUAGUUAUUGUGCUUUCUCGUUGUUGUCUUACGCUAUGUAUACGUGCUUUUAUUUUGUAAUCUUGCAAUCAGUGAUUGAUGGGUUGUAUCGGAAACUACUGCAGCUGCGAACGGGACGUUCAAGACUUCGCUUUUGCCAAUAGGGGAUAUCAACUGCUACGGAGACCCUCCUCUACGCACCCAUUACGCGCAACUUGGGCGACAGUCGAUAAAGUUCAGCUAACCCUGAGGAAUACGGACCAAGCCGCCUUCGGGUGGUAGAAUGGCAAAAGGACGUGUGCAGCCGCGAGGAGGGGAAGAAGAUUUUAAUAUCUUCCCAAAUAGUCAUUGAAGCCAAU